UGUUUCCUGUAUGUUCUUGCACCAGGGGCAGUCAGGCGACAGUGAGGCUUUGGGGCCAGACACAGGUGAUGCUGGUGAGCGGUAUGGUGUGUCACCGUGUCACUGUAUCGCAGGCGGCAGGCGGCUGUGGAGACGAGAGGCUGUACGUGUGUGUGAACUGUGAAGCAGCCCAGCUGGAGUGUAAUAGUGUGGCUGAGGGAAAGGUGAGGGGGUUGUGGAUGGCAUGUAGCGGAAGACAACGCAUUGUUCCUGUGUGGCGGCCCGGCAGUUUCUGGAGGUGAAGAACAAGCUUUGGUCAAGGCUUUGAUCUACUAUACAGGAUUGCAAAGGGAAGAACUGAAGAUGGCAGAAGCUUCAAGACCAGUCUAUCCAGAAGACACCACAUUUGUGAUAUCUCCGCCCAGCUGUCAUCCAAGCCAAAACUCUUACAGGAAGUCUGAGCUGAAAUUACUGAAAACAUUCUGCCAUACAUGCAAGAGCCAAUGUGAGGGAAUAGAUGUCUUGAAACAUCUGUUCUUUGGAAUAAUUCAGUGCAAAGGCUGUUUCGAGAUAAGAGCAUGUAAUCAGUUCACACGAUACUUCCCAAUGACCACCAAAUGUCUAGCAAACAAGGAUGGUCAUGUAUUAGUGUGGAAAGAAUUGCCUGUAGGCUAUGUGAUGCAGCACACAAGGGCAGAGAUGACCAAGAAGUCCACCUCCGUACUUGCCACUCAAGAGGUGGCUGAUGUAGCUUCCCGCUACGUACAGACCCUCCUGUCUCUUAGGGAGCUGGAACCCUGGAAAGCAGCCAUCUCCCACAUGAUAAAGGAACCUCUGAGCCUUAAGAUCAGUGAUCUGCCGCCACCAUUGCAACCCUGCAGAAUUACUAGGGGAAGGACUUCAGAGGAGGAGAAAGUGCCGCCAGCAAAGAGGAGAGCCUUAUACCGAACACCUGCUGUUCCAAAGACAAGAACCAAACCUGAUGGAAAAGAAACAAGUGUUGCCAGUCAGUCACCCUCAAACUCAUUGAUGGAGUUUGUUCCUUCACCAUAUUCAAGAACACUGUAUCAUGAGGUCACCACACCUGUGAUAUCUCAGCCCAGCUGCCAUCCAAGCCAAAACUCUUAUAGGAAGGCCCAGCUGAAAUUACUGAAAACAUUCUGCUAUACAUGCAAGAGCCAAUGUGAGGGAAUAGAUGUCUUGAAACAUCUGUUCUUUGGAAUUAUUCAGUGCAAAUGUCAUUUUGAUAUAAGAGCAUGUUGUCAAUUCACACAGUACUUCCCAAUGACCACCAAAUGUCCAGCAAACAAGGAUGGUCAUGUAUUAGUGUGGAAAGAAUUGCCUGUAGGCUAUGUGAUGCAGCACACAAGGGCAGAGAUGGCCAAGAAGUCCACCUCCGUACCCACCAGUGAAGAGGUGGCUGAUGUAGCUUCCCACUAUGUACGGACUCUCAUGUCUCUCAGGGAGCUGGAACCCUGGAAGGCAGCCAUCUCCUACAUGGUAAAGAAUCCUGUAUUGCUGAAAAUCAGUGAUCUGCCACCACCAAUGCAGCUCUGCAGAGUCACCAUGGGACAGACCUCGGAGAAGGUGCCUCCAGCAAAGAGGAGAGGCAUACUCCAAGCACCUGCUGUGGCAGUGAUGAAAGCUGGUGCGGAAGGAACCAAGCCGAGAACACGUCAUUCUUCCUGUGCUGCUAUACGGGCAUUCCGAAACUCAGGCAUCAAGAGUAUUAAGGCUGAAACACCACCUUUCCAAACCACAUUUGCCCCCAAGAGUCAGUCAAGCUCAGCCUCACUGCCUACCAUACCUGGUGAAGUAACAGUGUUUAGUGCCAAGACAAACACACACACUGCCCCUGACAGGACACACGCUACCCCUGUCAAGACAAGCACACACACUUCCCCUGCCAAGACACGCACUACUCCUGCCAAGACAAGCACACACUUCCCCUGCCAGGAACCACUCUACCCCUGUCAAGACAAGCACACACACUUCCCCUGCCAAGACACGCACUACUCCUGCCAGGACAAGCACACACACUUCCCCUGCCAGGAACCACUCUACCCCUGUCAAGACAAGCACACACACUUCCCCUGCCAAGACACGCACUACUCCUGCCAGGACAAGCACACACACUUCCCCUGCCAAGACACGCACUACUCCUGCCAGGACAAGCACACACACUUCCCCUGCCAGGAACCACUCUACCCCUGUCAAGACAAGCACACACACUUCCCCUGCCAGGACAUACACUACCCCUGUCAAGACAAGCAUACACACUUCCCCUGACAGGACACACUCUACCCCUGUCAAGACAAGCACACACACUUCCCCUGACAGGACACACUCUACCCCUGUCAAGACAAGCACACACACUUCCCCUGCCAAGACACGCACUACUCCUGCCAGGACAAGCACACAUACUUCCCUUGCCAGGACAUGCACUACUCCUGCCAGGACAAGCACACACACUUCCCCUGCCAGGAACCACUCUACCCCUGUCAAGACAAGCACAUACACUUCCCCUGCCAGGAACCACUCUACCCCUGUCAAGACAAGCACACACACUUCCCCUGUCAAGACGAGCACACACACUUCCCCUGCCAGAACAUGCUCUACCCCUGCCAAGACAAGCACACACACUUCCCCUGCCAGGACACACUCCACCCGUGCUGAAGCAGAGACACACACUCCCCCAGCCAAGAAAGCCACACACUUUACCUCUACCACAAUAAAUACAUACACUUCUCCUUCCAGGACACAAUUUACCCCUACCACAACAGACAUAAACAUAACCCCUUCCACUAUAAACAUAGAAGUUUUCCCUGACGAAGUAAGGGUUUUCUUUGCGAAGAGCUACACUUCCUCUGUCAAGAAGGUUCCUUACCGAGCUCAGUCAAAAUAUGUUUCUAGUGAAAGACAGUCUUUCCUUUCUAUGACGUGUGCCUCCCCUUCCUCACGCAAGAGAUCUACCACUUCCAAACCAGCCAGUUCCACUCGCCGUGCCACCACCACCUUGCCAAGGUCAAGAAACAGAAGCAAGCGACACAUGUCACGGACCUCACCCCAGGAGAACUUGCAGUUUCCUCCCAGGCCCCAGUACAUCCCUGCUGACGUGUUUGCCAGUGGCCACUACCUGGAGCUGAAGUGGAACCAGCCCUUCCCUGAGGAGUGCCCUCAAUGUUACUGCACCACCUUCACACACAAAAGCAUUUUUUUGAAUACAUCAAUAGUGAAGCUGAAGUGUUGGGAGUGUAACCUACAUAUUUAUGUCCACCCUCACCCUGAUAAGCACAUCCUCUUCCUCGCACAAAAGGAAAAGGAAAAGGCAGCUCUCCCAAAGUUCAUCGACAACAACUUCAAAAUGUGGCCUGUCAACUUGGGACCACAGGAUUAAACAUCAAUACAGUGGAACCUUUCAUUGUUUGUAAAUAAUUUUUUUCCAUUAAAAUAACUUGAAAUAUAAAACACUUGUUCCCCAUUUCGUCCCCUGUAUGACAACUGACCUAAGAACAUCUCCCUAUGCCUUAUUUAGGUUAUAAUUCAUGGAAUCGUAAACAUGUAAUAUAUUUGUUGGACAUCCUAUAUUGGUAACUCUGCAACAUUCAAAAUUUGCAUAAAUGUGUUGCAAAUAUACUUGAUGUAGGCAACAGCAUGAAGUAGCUAUAUUUGCAAUCUUGGAAACUAAUUACUCAACAAAGUCUGAGCAUGAUCUAUAUGUUCAAUAGACAACAGAAAGGCAAAUACAUAUACCUAUGAUUA